UAAUGUGACCGGUGCUAUCGAUUUUAAAAUAUUUUUACAAGUCAUCAGCUAAUAAACACAAUAAAUCAAAAACACAAAAAUCCUCAUUAGAAUGAAACAAUCUGAAAAGUUUUAAUGUUUAAAACUUUAAUUUAUGCUAUUUCCACAUGUGCAUUCAAUUGAGAAGCUCAGAGAUUUUGAUCAGAGAAAAAUAUAAAUUUACUUUAUUUGGAAGCAUUUAGUACAAUAACGCAUCUAUUAACGUUUUUUAAUCAAUUUUCUACAUGUCUAUAUUUGAAAAUGUCUGAACUGGCUGGUAAAUUCUCUCAGAUUGUCUGCAUAUUUUAUUCAUGCAUCUGCCUCUGCUCAUAUCUGACCUUAUCCAUAUUUAUUAACCACAAAAUGUGCCUUGCUUCACAUUAAACGAGUUGGAAAUGCAUCAGUGACGUUGAACUGCUCUUGAACGCAACUCACUCUUUUCAAGCGCAGCACCCCUUAUUGCUAAGCAACCCCUCACAGGAAGAUUGACAGAUACUUCAGGUGAUUCGUUUUGGGAAAAAAACUUUGAUAAAAGAUAAAAGAACAACUUUCUGGAGGAGCAGUUAUUUCAAGACAUCAAGGAGCAGAACUGACAGGAAAAGUCUAAGUUAGGACGUUUGCAGCCCAGUUAGGCCCACCUGAAUGAGCCUGAGCAAUGCCAGACAUUGAGCCUCUCACACUCCCAACCAGGGAAGGACCAACUCAUCAUCAGCAAGAUCAAGGACACCUUCAAGCUGUCUGCUCUGGAAGAUGUCGUACUUCUGCUUUGCUCAACAGUCCCUCACCAUGUGUCAACGACGCUAUUACCCAUAUCCAAGAGAUGAAGAGGCUUGUGGAAAACUGGUCUCAACAGCCCCAUUUGAGAAAUUAUCAGUCAGAGAGUUAUCAAGAAAAUCACAGAUGCUGCAAACCUUUGAGAUUGCAGUCUGCAGACUCGGAUUCAGACUCUGCGGUUUCGGAUUUGUAUGUUGAAGGCUUUGCAAUAACUGUAAGAGAGAGUUGUCAAAAAUUGCCCCUACUGAAGAAAGUGAAUGAUGUUCUUUCUGAGGCGAUGCAUCUGAUUGAGCGUUUGGAGGCUGAUCGACAACAAGCAGAGGAGGCUCUCCAGGAUGAAAAAAGAAAAAGGAUCAAUUUGGAAACUAAAGUUGACAAUAUUUCAGUUUGGCGGCAAACUGAGCACUCUAAAGCUGUUCAGAAAGAGCACGAGGCUUGCAGAAGAGACAUUGCACAGUUGAAGUGGAAACUGCAAAUGGAAACAGACAACGUUGACCAGGUCCAGGUGAAGUUUUCGCGUGCGAAGGAGUUGAACCAACGCUUGCAGGAAGACAUCGAGUUUGCCACGAAACAACUUCCCAUUGUGAAAGAAAACCUGAAAGUCCAGGAAGGCAUCAUAAAUCAGAUCAGGGAAGCCCAAGCUAAGGCAGAGGAAGUUUGCUCUAAAACCAACCAGGACCUUCUCCAGGCUCAGAGGGAGUUUAAACAAAUGGAAUUUGAUGCUGGAAGUGAGAAGGUGUUGCUGACUAACGGGCUGACUGACAUAAAAAAUCAACUAGUGCAGACAUCGAGAAAUUUAGAGCAGUUGAUCAGACUUGAAAAAGAUCUACUGGUGGAGGUGAAGGAUGCAGAGGCGUCCAUCGCUCUUACCGAACAAAAGGACACAGAAACGACUCAGCAAAUCUGUGGAAUUGUGGCGCUUGAAGGUGUAGAAAAAGACAGGAUUUCACGACUGAAUCUUGAAAUUGAGGACCUCUUGCAAAAGAAUAAAGAAUUAGCUUCACAGCAGAUUGGAAAUUUUAAACCUGUUUGGGAUACAGAAGUUUCUAGUGCAGAGGCAACGCUCCAAUCAAAAGUAGACGCGUUUGCAGCUGUCUCUAAUGACAAUUUGGAGUAUGAGCAGAAGCUAGAAGACUGCAGGAUGCAAAUCAGUAAGAGUGAGAAGGCAGUGAAGCAGAUGCGAGAGGAGAAGAAGCAGAUGCUCCGGAAAAUCAGUGACAAUGACAAGCAGUGGGAAAAGGCCAGAGAGGAAAUGACCCACAUUUUACCCCGGCAUAGUGUCACCCAGGCUAAGCUGGAGGAACAGGAGCAGCUCACCUUCAUGGAAGAACAGAGGACCAGGACAGAGAUAAAAUCCUUAAGAGGAGAUCUCACUAUUAAGAUGACAGCUCUGGAAAUGAUAAAGGCUCAGAGUGCUCUUGUUGAAGACAAACUAAAAAAGCAACAGGAUGAUUCAGACCAAAUCAACCAACAGCUUCAGAAAGAAUUUGAGGAAUCUUCCUCAGCAGCAAAUACUCUAGAUGCAAAAAUUAAGAAUGUUAAGAAAUUGCUAGAAAAUUUGAAGAAAUUGCAGAGUGAACACAAGGAAAUGUUAGUCAACCAGGAGAAGGAGAACAAUCUCAAAUGUGACCAGCUAAAAGCUGCUCAGGAUUCACUCAGCGCAACUGUAAGAAGAUAUGACAUCACUCUGGGUAGGAUCGCUGACCUCAUCAAAGAAAGUGAAAAUCAUGCAGAUGCAUCAAAUGAAAUGGAAAGAAAUGUUAAAAGCAUGCAGGCUAUAGUGGCAGAACUUCUAAAAGAUUUGAAUGUGCUGGAGUCCAAAAACAGAUCAACAGCUCAAACAAUGAGCACACUGAAAUCUGACAUUAAAAACCGCCAACGACAAACACAGCGAUUCACGCAGACGCCUCAUCUUCAAGCAAGAAUAAAGCAAAUGGAAGACACCAAGGAAGCACUAAAAAAAGCCCUUAUUGAAAACAAACAACUAGCAAAAGACUACGAAGGUAUUCAGAAGAUUCUCCUGGAAGCCAGAGAAGAAUUAGUGUCUGCACAGACGGAGAAGAACCAUGCUCAGGAAAUGGAUCAGUACUAUACAAAACUCUCUUUGUUCCAGAAGAGGAUGCACAAAGCUUUGGAAAAAUACUUACAACAACGCAACCUCGAAAGCCUGGCUGAACUGGAUCGCUGCCAGGAUCUCUCCCAAGAAACCGCCCAAAAAAUCAAAACGACCCAGGAAGUGUUGUCAGAAGAAGUUCAGCACAUCUCAGCGUUCCUGGAGUCCCUGGAAGAUGGCCCUGCUGCUGAUGAUGGGGAAGAGAACAAACAGGCCAGUGUGAGAGCUGCAGGACUGGAAGAGUAGAUGCCUGCAGCUGAAACAGCAGUGUAAUUUGGACAUUCACCUGUACCAGACAACUUACUUAUUCCAGCAUGCUUCACUAUCCUCCUCCUCUUUUCCUGCUGCAGAUCCAUAACAAUGAAACAGGUGACUUUCAUGCUGCUGUCAGGACUGAUCUAAUUUUAGCUGGGUGAAUGAUUGCAAUUGGCUUUGCCUCAUCAGAUAAUUAAUCUAUGUCACCAUUAAUUGGAAAAGAGAAUAAUUACAGGCAGUGUUGACAGAAAUUCUACGCUCCUCCAGAUUCCAAGAUCUAAUUACAACUAGUGAAGCCUCGUGACCUUAACUAGCACUUAGUACACCUUGGUCACUCUGACCAUGUCCAAGUGGACACUGGUGUCUUCUGAAAGGACCUUAUAUGUAUAUAUAUAUUAUUUUUUAUUAAUUAUUUUUUUUGUUAUGGCACCCCCCUCACUCCUCAACUCUCUACCCUCUCUGAAAGCUGUCUCCCUCAAUCACUUUUCAAUAUUCAAUCUUAAUUUUGUGGAAGUUUAGCAUUUUCAAUGAGCUGUAGAUGAAUGAUUAAUGAAUAAAUUUAAAUGCUUCAUUUUGUCCAUGGAUCAUUAGUUAAGUCCUUUGUGGGAAGGACCUGAGAAAGGAGUGAAAAUUAUUGAGACAUUAGCCUGAAGCAAUCCAGGGGUAAAUAGUGUGCACAAAAGGAUGUUGUGUGUGUGCUAUCCACUGGCUUUCUAAAGAACCCCGGGGAAACUCUGUUUUCAAUUUGGUUUCUAAACUGAAUCAUAUUUAGUUCUUGUAGAAAAUUGAUUUUUUUGGUUUCAUGGUAUUUAAAAAAUGUCAUAAAAUGAUACAGAACAGUGUCUUUUUGAUAAGAGCAUGAAAGGUGAAGUACAGAAUGCUGUUAAACACAACUGUAAUACAUGUAAUAAAAAAGAAUACAUUUAAUUAAUUACCUUUUAAUGGAAAUAAACUAUUUUUGUUUUAAUGGUGCCAAUGAAAAUGACUGAAAUGAGAUUACAUACAUUCAUCUGUUUAGACUGUCAAUAGAGAUGCAGUCUGUUUGUUUGUUUGUUUGUUUGUUUGUUUGUUUGUUUGUUUGCUUGUUUAGCCAGAUGUCUGACCUACUAGUGGUAACAGAAGGGGGCAGUAUGUACACGACAACAUCUGAAGGAUAACUCGUUUCAAGGUCUAAUAUUUUAUGUCAACAUUACAUUUACAUGGCAUUCAUUUACAUAAAAGGAAGCUUCGUCAGGUGAUGUGGAAAUCAUAUAAUUGUUUUAAGCAGAAAAAAAUGAAACGUUUUGUUGUCUUAACCUAAAAAUCAGUUUUGGGGGUUUUAGGCAUUGCUUUUGAACUUGAAAGCACACAGAUGAAACUUGAAAAGUUAGAAUAUCAUACAAAAGCUUGUUUAAUUCAUUUGUAAUGAAUUUAAAUUACUUGUUAUUUAAUAAGUCAUAAGACGUAGGAUUCCAUAGAAAAUAUGAAAUCAACCUUAUGGAUCUGUUGGGUUAUUUUAACCAGAAGAUUGGAACUUUUUAUUGCAGAGAUUAGAUAACAGCUUCGUACUCACUCAGAGACAACAGAAGAGAGAGAGUCAAGUUUAAACGUUAAAAAAUUUAUUACUAAACAAAUUAAACUAGACUAACUUUAAACACUAAAUGUAUGGUGUAACUAAGGUGGAUGAGACUGAGAAUGGUGCGAUGUGAAAUGUUGCUCAGAACCAGCAAAUCUGAAGAAGCAUUAAUUCUGAUGGGAAAUGAAGGUGAUGUCUUCGCGUUAAGCUUUGGUUAGGAGAUUCAUAAAUACAUUCAACGCCAUUCCGUCGGCCUACAUACUCUGGUGGAAGUCACCGUUAGAUCAGGAAUGUCGAAGUCCAGCUGGACUCUCUCUGGAACCGAAGCCGGUAGGAAAAGCAGCGGUUGCCGACCAGACCAGUCCUUGAGAUACUUCCGGGUCACGUUGGUUUUGUUGGCAUCUACUGAGACCCAAACCUGGGUCUUGAUGGUUCAGCUUUUAUUCUGAAAGGAACCGUUUCAGCAGUUGGAACAGCAACAGGUUUAUCCAGCUUGUCGUUGGUUCUUUUGGCUGAAGAGGAAAGUUACGGAUUGGCCACUCCGACAACUUCUCUAGAACGCCUUGAACUGGCGUUAGAGAUGACGUGGGCAUAGUUUUAUACUUCGGAUGUUUUGGUUUAUGGUCGAAUGAAAAGUUGACAGAUUUACCAAACACCACCAAAACCACGCCUCUGUCAGAUCUGGCAGAUUCUGAUUGGAUCAGUAAAGCAAUGUGUCGUCUCUUGACGCUACGUGAGAUCAGUCCUAGUGGAAACAUUUAAAGUCAUAUUACUUAUUAUAUUCUAUAGGAUUAUAAUAAAGUAAUUAAUAUUUAGAUUUCACUGAUUGGUCACAUGUUAUUUAUUGACUAACUGUUUGAUUAGCUUUAUUAAAAUAGAGUUCUUUGAUUUAUUAAAAGGAGAGAGUCUAUUCUUCAUUCUUCUCUUGAGCUGGAAAGAAGCAAUUUAUAACAAAUGCAUGAGACCUUGAGGCCAUGCCUCAUGCAGACUAUUUCUGUGUCAGAGGAGAGGGGGAAAAUGACUUUUGGUGGAAAACAGUCAUUUCAUACCAUUACACAUUAAUUCAACUUAAAAGGGGAAACUAAUACAUGAGAUGACUCAUUACAUGCAAGACAGAUAUGUCAAGCUUUUAUUUGUCAUAAUUGUAAUGAUUGUCGCUUACAGCUUAUGAAAAACUCCACAUUCAAAAAUUUAGGCUCAAAGUGUCACACUCUAAUCAGCUAAUGUAUCCAAAGGGGUUCCUGAGCCUUUAGAAGGUCUCACAGUCUAAGCUGAAAUACUGAAAUAAAUGGACUUUUGCACCAUAUUGUAAUUUUUCAAGUUUCACUUGUAUUAUUAUGAAAAUACAAAUAUACAGGACAUUUAAUUUGAUAAUAAAAGUGUGGUAGUCUGCUUGGAAAGCUGUGAUGCGACAAACUCCUUUCAAAGCACCUGAACCAGAAAAAUGUUCAGACCAUCUCAUAUUUUUCCCAUCCGUUACUGACUAUUGCAACAUCUGAAAUGAAAGU